GAAUAUGGACAGACUGCCUGUUAUACAAUUUGUGAUACCGGCUGGUGAAGUUACUAGCUAGCUAAGUUGCAGCUAUCAACCAUCGAUCUUAAGACUGCAAUUAGGCCUAGCAUCCGACGAAUCUGACGAUGUAUUAUUGGACAAGAUCGUCCUCGUUGUCCUCUUCUAGGCCACGUGGUUGCAGUUAUUUUGCAUUUGAUUGAUCCAAAUUAAAAAUGCCCCAUAUAUAUGGCUUCUUCUCCAGUCUGCUCCAGCCGCUUGCUUUAUUGAGGCGUCUAUAUCAAUCUAAGUGCUAGGUUCGGCAUUGUGCCUAAAUCCCCACAUUAACCCCGCAACGCUUAAAAGCAUCCAGAUCUGUCUCGCAUUGACCCCCGGGUCAAAUCAACAACCGGGAUGUCGGCAAAUUCUAGAAGGCGAUGCUCGUGACGGGAUGCCAUCCAGCCGACUAAAUGACAAUAAGGCGGGGAUCUCAAUUUAAAGCCCCAUGCGUUAGCAUGUUUCCUCAUCCAAUAGGGCAUUUCCGAUCCCUGGUGCUUCGUGGCCUGCCAACCGUCGUCUAUGCCGCGGAUCUCACUGCAUGUGUUAGAACGCUAUUUUGGUUAAAGUGUUUUGAUGGCAGAUACUGAUUGCGAUAUGGUUCGGCAUAUGGCCCGGCCACGCUGGGCAGCCGGUGGAGACCUUAUUAUUGAAACUGCACUCGACUGUUGUUCCUGGCGGGUAAAUAAGGAAAGCUUCCAUUCCGGGGGAAGGGAAAGGCUCGAGAGGUCAUCAAGACGAGAAAAGCUUGGUAGGAAAUACCACCUCAUGAUGGGUGGGCCGUCUCAUUCUCAUAUGGCUAUAAAGCCAGCAUUUCCCUUUCUCUCUUCAGCUCUUCCCUUCCCCAUCUCAAAUAUAUCCAGGUCCCAAUUCCUACAGCAGCACUCAUCUAUCUAUUCAGCUUCUCAACAUGCUCAAGGCAGCUACUUCCCUUCUUCUCCUCGGCGGCGCGCUCGCGUCGCCAGCAGGCGUACUUGAAGAACGCCAGAGCAGCUGUCCUGGUAUUCACAUCUUUGGGGCUCGCGAGACUACGGUGUCUCCAGGCUAUGGUACCGCCGGGGUUGUUGUUAACUUGGUUCUGAACGCACACUCCGGAUCCACCGCUGAGGCCAUUGUCUACCCAGCUUGUGGUGGACAAUCCAGCUGUGGCGGAGUUAGCUACGCCAACUCUGUUCAGCAGGGAGUCAAGGCUGUCGCCAGCGCUGUUAACGCAUUCAACACCAGAUGCCCAAGCACGCAGCUCGUCCUUGUCGGAUACUCUCAGGGUGGUCAAAUCUUUGACGAUGCGUUCUGCGGUGGUGGUGAUACCAAUGAGGGGAUCAGCGAUACCUCAAUUCCCAUCCAGGCUUCAGCCGUCAACAUGAUCAAGGCUGCUAUCUUCAUGGGUGACCCACGCCACAUCCCCGGCCUGUCCUACAACGUCGGAACCUGCCAAGCAAGCGGAUUCGCCCCCCGCCCAUCGGGUUUCCAGUGCCCAUCCGCCAGCAAGAUCAAGAGCUACUGCGACGCCGCUGACCCCUACUGCUGCAACGGCAAUGACGCGAACACGCACCAGAGCUACGGAAACGUGUACGGACAGCAGGCACUGGCCUUCAUCAACAGCCAGCUCAGCGCCACCGGCACCAACCCGCCGACCACUACUCCCACGGGUGGAUCGGGUAGCGGUACCGUUGCGAAGUACGGACAGUGUGGUGGUCAGGGAUGGACUGGCGGAACUGUUUGCGCUAGCGGAAGCACUUGCCAGGCUGCUAACCAGUGGUACUCGCAGUGCUUGUAAAUGGAGGAGCGUUUGGUUGAUGUCUUUGGUGAGACAAGUGAGUAGGUUUGGGUUGUAUUUAGUUGGCAAAGAACGUAUAUAGGGCCACUAUAGUCGAAAUUUCAUUGGAAAUAUUGGACUAAUU